AUGAGCAGCACGCCUCUCUAUACCGUGGGAGUGUUGGCCCUCCAAGGCGCCUUCUCAGAGCACUUGGAGUAUUUGGCAGAGGCCUCGCAGUUGCCCCGCCUUGCCAAGCACCAGUUCGAGUUUCUUGCCGUGCGCACACCUCAACAGUUGCAGAAGUGCCAUGCGCUUGUGGUUCCGGGCGGCGAGUCUACCAGCAUGUCGCUCAUUGCGGAAAGAACCGGGAUGUUGCAGCCGUUGGUGGAGUUUGCCCGGAAUCGCCCGGUCUGGGGCACCUGCGCCGGGCUCAUUUUCCUCGCCAGCGAGAUCUGCAAUGGCCGCCCGCAUCAAAAGGCGCUUGGCGCCAUGUCGAUCCGCGUGACACGGAACGCGUUUGGCCGGCAGCUCGACCUGUUCGACGCGCCACGUGACUUUGGCUCUUUUGCGCCGGGUCUCGGCGAGUUCCGCACCGUCUUUAUCCGUGCGCCGGUGGUUUCUGGACCGUUCUCCAUCUUGGAAAACGGCUUGGUGGUUGCUGUAAGACAGGGAAACAUAUUGGGCACCCUGUUCCACCCGGAGCUCUCGGGCGACUGCAGAUUCCACGGGUGGUUCUUGGAGGAAUUUGUGGUGCCGGCGCAUUGCUAG